AUGUUUUUUUUGUUAAUUUGUCGAUUUUCAUCUUCACUCCUGACUUUUGUUUCAUCUUCAUCUUUACGGUAUCUGCUGUUAUUUUCCUGUGCACACCAGGAAUUGGUGGUUGGUUUCGUUUCCGCAUGGAAGCUAGCUAUUCUAAGUGUCGCAGUCAUUCCCGGAAUCACAUUUGCAGGUGUAUUAUACGCUUAUACUCUUACAGGUCUCACUUCAAAAAGUCGUGAAUCCUAUGCCAAUGUUGGCAUCAUCGCUGAACAGGCUAUUGCACAAGUAAGGACAGUGUAUUCAUAUGUGGGAGAAACCAAAGCACUCGAUUCAUAUUCAGAUGCAAUACAACACACUCUCAAAUUGGGAUACAAAGCAGGAAUGGCAAAAGGAUUGGGAUUGGGAUGCACAUAUGGAAUCGCAUGCAUGUCAUGGGCGCUUGUGUUUUGGUAUGCGGGUGUAUUUAUUAGGAAUUGGCAGACAGAUGGUGGAAAAUCAUUUACAGCAAUCUUCUCCGCCAUUGUUGGUGGCAUGAGUUUGGGUCAUUCGUUUUCGAAUCUUGGAGCAUUCAGCAAAGGGAUAGCUGCUGGAUAUAAAUUAUUGGAAAUUAUUAAGCAAAAUCCGACUAUAGUUCAAGACUCUACAAAUGGGAAAUGUUUGACCGAGGUCAACGGGAAUAUUGAAUUUAAGGAGGUGUCUUUUAGUUACCCUUCAAGGCCGGAUGUUCUUAUAUUUAAAGAGUUUUCCAUUUUCUUCCCGGCUGGAAAGACAGUUGCGGUGGUUGGUGGUAGUGGGUCUGUUGAUGAAUGGGUUGCACGUUUCUUUGAGGAGCUUGACUAUAUUAAUGAGGGUGAAAAUGGAACAUUAUACCCUAGCUAUUCUUGA